AUGACAGUUCUGCUUCCUUCAAAUAAUUCUAAUACAGAUGGAGAUCUGAAUAAGUUCAAUUUGCUGGAAGGUCUCAAUCUAGAAGAUGAAUCUUACAUGGUGGAUGAUGUAGGAGAUCUUGAAGAAGGAGAAAUUGAUAAAUCUUCUCCAAAUGUUCAUACAACAGUCAAGAUGGAAGAUCAUGUGAGAAGCAAAGUUGUUAUUGGCCAAUUGAAGAUGCAUAAUGGAAGUGAAUGGCUUAUUGCCACUGCUUAUGGAAGCAAAGAAGAGGAGAAGAGAGGUGGGAAGAGAUUUGUUUUUCCUCAAGGCCCUCAAGAUAUGCAAAUGUUUAUGAAGAGGUGUGAUUUUCAUGAUAUUGGGAUCAUUGGUCCAAAAUUUACUUGGUGUAACAAUAAAAUUGGUGGAGCUCGCAUCCUUGAAAGGUUAGACCGGUGUUUACUGAAUUCAGCUGCUUUAAAUAUCAUUCAAUCGGUAGCAGUUCGUCAUCUUGGAAGAAUUUCUUCUGACCAUUGUCCAAUAGCCAUCAGCAUUUGUGGUUCAGAAUUUAAGAAGAAUAGAAGACUGAAAUUUGAAGAAAUAUGGAUCUCCUAUCUAGCUUCUAAAGGAAUUGUAGCUAAUUCUUGGAAUAAGCCAUCGGGUGGAGAUGACGUCCAGAAAUUAAAUCUCAAACUCAAAAGAGUCCUUAAAGCUCUAUUUCACUGGAGUAAAGCCAAGCAUGCAAAUCUUAACAUUUUGAAAGAUAAUUUGAAGGCAGAGAUCAUGUCUUUGCAAGAGGAGGAGGACAAUUCAGGGAGUCUUUCAAAAGACAAAAUAGCUUUGUUAAGAUUCAAAAUUAAGGAAUUGAAUUCUACAUUGGGUAGAUUAAGCUCUUGGUGGAGGCAAAGAGCUAAAAUUAAAUGGUAUAAGGAAAGUGAUUCUAACUCUGAAAACUUCCACUCGGUGGCUUCGGCAAGGCGUAACUUCAACUUUAUUAAGCAAAUUGAAAGCUCAGAUGGCUCUCUAACUGAAAAUAAAAGCUGCAUUGAAGAAAUCUUCUCUAAUUAUUUCCAUGAUAAAUGGAAAUUCAGAACCUGCUCUUUCUCUGGUUGGCCAAGCAUUUCUAGAAUUAUUGAAGAACCUGCUAAGGAACGGCUGAUGUCAGAUUUCACUGAAGAAGAAUUGGAGAAUGUUAUAUAA